AUGGGCACGAGCGUCGUCUCGCCCGUGGUAAAAAUAGUUCACGAUCGCAACAGAAAUACACCACAAGGAUUUAAACGAGGGACUAGACCUUCAAAAUUGCUGUGCAUUCACUUUGAACCGGUAACGGAAAAUGGAAUUAAUUCGUAUAAUGGUCGAUUAAAACUUCGCUGUUUUCCCAAAUUUAUCGUUCGUUUAGCCGGUACACAAGCUACGCACGAUCGCGUAGCGCGUUCGCGGCGCGAAUUUUUAUCGCGAGGCGCGCCGCGACUUCAGCAUGACAUUCCCAAAGAACAAUUAGAACAGUUGGCUAAAUUUGCUGUUCGAAUAGGUGUCAGGUAUGAGCAUGGCGCCGUUAGAAGUCUUAUAACUGGAUCUGGUAUGAUUAUUGGUGAAUGCGUCAUAACUGUUGCACAUCUGUUUAAUCCGAUUGAAUUAGAUGAACAGAACGAGAUUGUACCUUAUUCUCGAAUAAUGUUUACGACAACGACAUUAGCUUCGGUCUCUUGGUUUAUGUCGGACCAUGAUGAAGAUAUAUUCGAAGCUGAAAUGAUUGUGCGUGGUUCGAAUGGGCUAAAACCAUUGGAUAUAUGUUCACGUGAUGAUGAUUUUGCAAUUCUACGAAUUUGUCAUAUUGAAAAUGUUAGUCAACAGCUAUUCUCCGAAAUCUAUCAAAAUUAUCCUCGUCGAAUAACUGGAAAAGAACAAAUCCAAAUUGAUUCUCCAUUAUUUUUAUUGUCAUACUGUUCGUUAUUAAAUAAGAACGAAGACAUUAACUUUUAUGAAGGUUGCUCGCACAGUACCAAAUAUACACGUGAAAAUUUAAUAACAGCAAUGCAUCCGGAACAUUUAAGCGUAUCAUUGGGUAAAUGUUUGACAAUUGACGAUAAUUUUAUUCGCCAUGAUUGUCCGUCACUCAAAGGUGCUAGUGGUGGUGUUCUCGUCAAUAAAAUGGGUCGAUUAGUCUGUAUACAUACGGGAGUUACACCAAGCGAUAUUUAUUACAAUAAACAAGGUGAAAAACGACUAGUAGCGACUGCACUCAAUCAAGCAUUGCCAUUAUAUUCAAAUUUAUUUAAAUCAUUAGUCGAAACAAACAUUCAAGAGUGGAAAUAA